AUGUCGGGUGCGAACCCGGUUGCACUUUCUUCUUCCAACAUUUGCAACCCUGGGUUCUACUGUCUGAACAAUACCGCGGAGCACCCCCCAACUUAUUGCGCACCAACCUCUGAAUGCCUUAUUACUCGACUCCAAGCCGUUCAAAAUACCUGUUUUCAGCCACAAGGGCCCGCAAAUUGGCUAGGUCUAUUGUUUUCAGAGGACACAGUGAAUGUGGGUAUGGAACUUGAAUUUCGAAAUGUCUGCCUUCGCAAGCCAAAAUCAACUGAAUUCAUUCUUUCUGAAAUCGAUGGCAAAGCACAAACAAGCAGUCUCACUGGUAUUAUGGGACAAUCUGGCUCUGGGAAAACAACGCUUGUCAAUAUACUUGUUGGCAAGGUGAGGGCAACCUCGGGGUCUUUAUCUUUAAACGGAAUUGAGAAGAGAUUGGCCAAAGGACACAACUUUCGCACGCUAAUCGGGUUUGUUCCGCAAGAUGACAUUAUCCACCCACACCUCACUGUCUUUGAGAACAUUCUUCACUCCGCGCGUAUCCGGCUUGGGGGCGCAUUAAAUGACGAGAUAAUCCAGAAGCACGUCGAUGCUAUAAUUGACGGCCUGGGCCUCAGUAACGUCAAACACAGCGUUGUGGGUUCCGAGCAGCGGCGAAUCAUCUCAGGAGGAGAACGCAAGAGAGUCAGCAUUGCCUUGGAGCUGGUUGCAGCACCGCAAGUCUUAAUUUUAGACGAACCAACCUCGGGACUCGAUGCUCAAGCAGCUCUUUCAAUAAUGGAAUUGCUUAGGUUGUUCUCUCGCCAGGGACUUACCGUUAUCUGCGUUAUCCAUCAACCCCGUGUCGAAAUCUUUGAGGCGCUGGAUAAUCUACUGAUUCUCGAUCUGGGAAAGGCCGUAUACAGUGGGAAGGCCUUGGAGGCAAAACGGCAUUUUGAAGCUCAGGGAUACGUUUUCAACCCCAAUCUUAAUCCCGCCGAUCUCAUCAUGGAUAUUGUGUCCGGGAAACUCCAGCCAGCGGACGCCGGUAUAGUAGACCCCAAGCAGCAAAAAUUGCCACAUGACAAGAUGGAACCUGUGACCUCAGGCUGCCAUGAUGAGUCAAAUAUGAAUAUGUCAUUGUUUCAUGAACUAGAGGCAAAAUACAACAGAAGAGUUGCCGCUUGGUAUAGACAAGUGUACCUCUGCCUUCUCCGCGACAUUAUCCAGCAGAGCAGACAGGCUGCCAUGUUUCUGACGGAAAUAAUGGGCGGAAUCCUGACGGGAUUACUGAUAGGAUUGGCUAUAUACGAGCUUCGUGGUCAGAUAUUUCAGGGCAUGUUUUUGCCACCAUUUGAGGUUCUGUCCAGCGCCGUCAAUUACAAGCUUGUGACCCAGCUGGGGCUUCUAGGCUGUCUUGCUAUAACAUUUGCUGCAGCCGCCCCAAGUGUCGGUAUAUUCGGAGAGGAGAUUCUCAUCUUCCAGCGAGAGUCACUCUCGGGUCAUUCAGAAGGUGCUUAUUUCGUCGGAAAGGUUCUUUCGAGUCUCCCUCGAAGUUUUCUUGCUGCAUUCCAUUAUACAACAUUAUAUGCGGUACUAGCAACGCCUCAUGCCUCAUUUAACAUUCUACUAGUGCUCAACUUCUUCUACUUUUAUUGCAUCUACGGCAUUGGUUCUGUCGUAGCUGCAGUGUCUAGUCGUGAGAACGGCCCCUUAGUCUGUCUCUUGGUGACCAUUGUCAUUGCCGUUUUUGGGGGUUCGGAACCACGUCUACCAACGGUCAAGGGAUGGCACAUGGAAUGGCUUUGGUAUAUGAGUCCCGGUAUGUGGUACUCGGAGGCCUUUGUUAGCGAGCACGUCACACCUUUCGCAUAUCUGUUUGACUUGGGCGCAGCUGCACAGGAUACAGGGUAUACCUUUAAUCGCACAGGUUUUGAUAUCUGUAUGAUGUUGCUUAUUGGCUCAUUAUGUCGAGCUAUUGGCUGCUUGUUGAUGGUUAUUCGGGCACGAACUGCCUGGUGGUAG